AUGGAAAUUAUUAAACAACUUUUAUGUGAAAUUUAGUAAUCAUAAUCUAAAGGACAAGGACUACUCAUUGAUCAUUAUCUUGUUGGCUAUUUAUUCGGAACAGGACAAUUUAAUUCAAUUGAAGAAGUUAAAGGCUUAAUUAAGGAACUUUCAGAAAUCAAAUAGGACAUGGAUGAUAGUAAGAUUUCAUCCUUCUCAAGAGAUUAUUAUAUUAACUUGAUAUUGAUGAGAUCAGGAGCACAUUCUUAACAGUUUUUAUCAUUCGUUUAAAAAUAGAAGAAACAAACCAAUCAUCAAGUGAUUCUUGAAGAUAAUAAAAAGAAAACUCACCAAAAGGAAGAAGAUAAACAAUAAAUUACUUAAAUUCCAUCUGCAGAAUAAAAUUUAUAAUAGAGAGACGAAUUAAAUGAGAACAUUAAGCAAUCCCAAAAAUAAUAUAAUGCUCAUAUUCAAAAAGCUAUAUAGCAUUCAAAAUAACAUAAUUAAAAGUAGAAUUGA